AUGCGUGAUUUUCAGCUAACGCCUGGAAUACGGCAGCUGAUCAAUGCAUUGCACAAACGUGGAACAGAUGUGUAUCUGGUUUCCGGUGGCUUCCGUAGGCUCAUUUGCCCUGUGGCUGACAUUCUAGGCAUUGAUCGAAAGAGGAUCUAUGCCAAUGAGAUUUUGUUUGAUAAGAAUAAGAAUUAUGCUGGAUUUGACGAAAACGAGCUUACCAGCGAUUCAGGAAGCAAGGAUCUGGAAAAGAUGGAAUUAAAGUUCAAAGAAUUGACAUAUUUUGACCGGGACUACUUGAUUGAAAAUCAAAGUAACGUAGGAAAACCAGCUGUUAUGGGUCUACUCAAAAAACAAGGCUACAAAAAUUUGGUUAUGGUUGGAGAUGGUGCCACUGAUUUGGAAGCUUCACCACCUGCUGAUGCUUUUAUUGGCUUCGGUGGGAAUCAGAUUCGUGAAGCAGUUCGCGCACGGGCUGAUUGGUAUGUAACUGAUUUCGAAGUUUUACGCAAAGAAUUGGAGAAAAACCAAUAG